UCCAGCAAAUCACUAAAAACAGACCGCCAGUAUAAACGCAUCCACAAAAUCAUCGCGGGCUUCACCCACUGCAAGCGCCACUGUAUUGUAUGCGAAGCAGCCCUGACCCCCGACUUUUAAUCCACGGGCAUUCGAUCAGUUCACCCUGCGGCAUUCAACAGGUGUUCUGCUAGCGUGGAGGCAACAUGGCAUACAGCAACACAAACAAGGAGUUCUACAACGAUUACCAAUUUCGCCUGAUUACCAACAUCCGCAUGACAAGUGGCUUACACGUCAUAUUUAACGGCGGUGCUCAAACUAACAACGACCUGUACUUUGACUUCCCCAAAGGGUUUGAACCUGACAUCACCAUGACUCAUGUCAUCAAGUACACAGAUGUCACUAAUGUGUCCAAGUUCCGCGUUCUGGAGAACCCGUCAAAUUUUCUCGAAAUUUUCGUUGGCGGAAAGGAACUGAGAGUAUACAGCAGCUGCGAGACAACAAAGCCGGAAAACCAAGGCACGAGGAUCACGUCGGACUUUGAGCCCGGUGUCUACAUCUUUCAGUGGAAGGUUAUCGGAGGAGUUGUCAAGUUUCUUAUGAACGGCACCGAGCACCCCAUUCAUGAGAUCAAGCAGACGGACCACACAGGCACUAGGACGCACUUCUGCGACCCUUCGGGCCCAAUCCUCGUCGAAAGCCACGUGACCUACUAUGACGAUCCACACACGGUCUUCAACGACGAAGAUGACUUCAAAGCGCCUUGGGUACCCCUGUACAAUGACGGCUUCGUUGUCUGCGAUGGCGACGGAUAUGACUGGGUAGAUAUAAAAUAUUACGGCAAGACGGUGGCAACGUUCAAGGGCCACGAGAGAAUGAGCCUGGUCUUCAAAGGCUAUGGCGGUAAGGUGAUUGCCUUGGACAACGACCAUCCAGAGCAGUACAAAGCCGUCGACCGGGAACCGGGACAUACAAAGAUGGAACUGACUUUCUCCUACCAGCUGAGCCUUAGAAACGUCAGCAUUGAAACUGGACCGAAGCCCAAGUAAAACCCAUUUGCAGAACGGAACCUGGAUAGGAUUUGUGCUGCGUAUAUGUUCUUGUUUGUCUCGUCGUGUUCCGAUUGGUUGCGUACGCUAUAUAUAGAAAAGAAAUCGAAGUAACCUCGUCAAUUUUAACUCGAAAGACAUGAGACUGCAAUGGAAGUGCUCCAGGAGCGCAAAGAAUGGAAAUGCAUGCAAAUUUUAAGAAGUAUCUCAACAGCAGCGACGACGUCACUUAAUGUAUCUGAUCAGGGCACUCGAAACCUCCAGAUUGAUUUCGGUGGGUGCAACCUGCUCGCCUUAGUAACACGUUUCGUUGCGCUGUAAUCGGUGUAGCAAAACCAGAAAUAUCAGUAGGAAGGUCUUCGUCUUCAUCAUUGGUGACGUCCGAAGAAGAACGUGCGCCGGCACCACGAGAAACGUCGUAACGGAUGUUGCAUUAAAAAAAGUUGCGCUCUCACGACCAAUCUCAUGCGUGCAGGUGUAAGUGUUAAUAUGUUAAGUAUUUAAGUGUGCAUAUGUGCUUAUUUACGUAAAUAAACAGAGUAUGCUUUGGC